CAAAUGGCUGUUCAUGUUAAGAAUAGAAUAAAGAUAUUGAGAACAAGUAUAUGAACGCCCUGGCUGAUGCUCUUGAGAGCAUCAACAAAGCCGAGAAGAUAGGCAAAUGCCAGAUUUUUAUCAGGCCGUGCUCUAACGUCAUCGUCAGUUUUCUGACUGUGAUGAUGAAGCAGGGUUACAUUGGUGAGUUUGAAAUCAUUGACCAUCAUAGAGCUGGGAAGAUUGUUGUAAACCUCACUGGCAGGUUAAACAAGUGUGGAGUGAUCAGCCCCAGAUUUGACGUGCAGUUGAAAGAUCUAGAAAAAUGGCAGAAUAAUCUGCUUCCAUCCCACCAGUUUGGUUUCACUGUACUGACAACCUCAGCUGCCAUCAUGGACCAUGAAAAAGCACAACAAAAACACACAGGAGAGAAAAUCCUGGGAUUCUUUUUCUAG